AUGUUGGCCACCACAUAUCAUUAUCAGUUGGUGCAGAAGCAGAUGGUGGUCCUCACCCAGGGGAUGGAGCUGCAGGAGGUGCAGAUGAAAGAUGUGGUUGGACCAUGUGGUCAUGAUUGCUGCCUCCUGCCGGUUCUAGCUAGUCCACAAAGUGCACCAGUACCGUGGAAGGAUUUAACAUCUCUGGGAGCAUCCCAAAAACCAACAAACGUCCAACUCCAGCCUUUAACAACACGACUGAAAUCCUGGGAACCUUGCUGUUCUCCAAAAAGUGAUUGUGAGAACAGUGAAUCAGCAAAAAAGGAAGAAAUUUUGGGAGAAAAAUCAGAGGGACUUCUUCCGGAGCCUUCAUUUGUAAAAGCUAGUAAACAUGAAAACCGUUUAGUGUGGCAACAAGGAAGUGCUACAGGGGAGAAAUUAAGAUCCCCUUCCCAAGGAGACAGUUUCAGUCAAGUGAUCUUCACACAUGAAUCUCAAGGAAAGAGAGACUAUCAUGAUAAUCCUCAAAGAAACUUGAUUCUAAGUAGAAACUCCAGAACAUAUCAGAAGGUUCAGACAGAAGAGAGACCUUAUAGAUGUGACGUAUGUGGGCAUAGCUUCAAACAGCAUUCCUCUCUAACACAACAUCAGAGAAUCCAUACUGGAGAAAAGCCCUACAAGUGUAACCAGUGUGGGAAGGCCUUUAGUUUGAGGUCAUACCUCAUUAUUCAUCAGAGGAUUCAUAGUGGAGAGAAAGCAUACGAAUGCAGUGAAUGUGGAAAAGCCUUCAAUCAGAGCUCCGCCCUUAUUAGACAUCGUAAAAUUCAUACUGGUGAGAAAGCUUGUAAAUGUGAUGAAUGUGGUAAAGCAUUCAGUCAGAGUUCAUACCUGAUUAUACAUCAAAGAAUUCACACUGGUGAGAAACCCUAUGAAUGUAACGAAUGUGGGAAAACAUUUAGCCAAAGCUCAAAGCUUAUUAGACAUCAGCGAAUUCAUACAGGAGAGAGACCUUAUGAAUGUAAUGAAUGUGGAAAAGCUUUCAGGCAGAGUUCAGAGCUGAUUACCCAUCAGAGGAUACAUAGUGGAGAGAAACCUUAUGAAUGUAAUGAGUGUGGAAAAGCCUUCAGUUUGAGCUCAAAUCUCAUCAGACAUCAGAGAAUUCAUAGUGGAGAGGAACCUUAUCAGUGUAACGAAUGUGGCAAAGCCUUCAAAAGGAGCUCAGCCCUUACUCAGCAUCAGAGAAUCCACUCUGGGGAUGAAUCUUAUAUAUGUAGUGAAUGUGGGAAAGCUUUCAGUCAGCGCUCAGACCUGGUUAAACACCAGAGAAUCCACACUGGAGAGAAGCCUUAUACAUGUAAUCAGUGUAAUAAACAUUUUAGUCAGAGUUCUGAUGUUAUAAAACAUCAAAGAAUUCACACUGGUGAGAAACCAUAUAAAUGUGAUGUGUGUGGAAAAGCCUUCAGUCAGAGCUCAGAUCUUAUUUUACAUCAGAGAAUCCACACUGGAGAGAAACCAUAUCCAUGUAGUCAGUGUAGUAAAAGCUUUAGUCAGAAUUCAGACCUUAUUAAACAUCGGAGAAUCCACACUGGAGAGAAACCCUAUAAAUGUAGUGAAUGUGGAAAAGCUUUUAAUCAAAGCUCAGUUCUUAUCCUGCAUCAAAGAAUUCACACUGGAGAGAAACCCUAUCCAUGUAAUCAAUGUAGCAAAACCUUCAGUAGACUUUCAGAUCUCAUUAAUCAUCAGCGAAUUCACACUGGAGAGAAACCCUACCCGUGUCUUCAGUGCAAUAAAAUGUUUAGUCGAAGAUCAGAUCUUGUUAAACAUCAUAGGAUUCAUACAGGUGAGAAACCCUAUGAAUGUGAUGAGUGUGGGAAAACCUUCAGUCAGAGCUCAAACUUAAUUCUACACCAGAGAAUCCACACUGGGGAAAAACCCUAUCCAUGUAGUGAUUGUUCUAAAAGUUUUAGUCGUCGCUCAGACCUUGUUAAACAUCAAAGAAUACAUACUGGAGAAAAACCUUAUACAUGUAAUCAGUGCAAUAAAAGUUUCAGCCAAAGCUCAGACCUCACUAAACAUCAGAGAGUUCACUCUGGGGAAAAGCCCUAUCAUUGUGCUAGUUGUGAGAAAGCUUUCAGUCAGAGUUCUGACCUUAUUCUUCAUCAGAGAAUUCACACUGGAGAAAAACCCUAUCCAUGCGCACAGUGCAGCAAAAGCUUCAGUCAGAACUCAGACCUUAUCAAACAUCAGAGAAUCCACACUGGGGAAAAACCUUAUAAAUGUAAUGAGUGUGGGAAGGCUUUCAGUCAGUGCUCAGCUCUUAUCCCACAUCAGAGAAUCCACACUGGCGAGAAACCGUUUAUGUGUGAUCAGUGUGGCAAAAGCUUCAGUCGACGCUUUGAUGUUAUUAACCAUCAAAGAAUCCACACCAGUGAGAAGCCAUAUAAAUGUGAUAUGUGUAAAAAAGCCUUUGGCACUUGCACAGAUCUCAUUGAACACCAGAAAACCCACACUAGAGGGCCCCUUUACCAGUGUGUUCAUUGCAGCAGAAGUUUUAGCCAACUCACUGAUCUUAUUAAUCAUGAGAAAGUCCAUUCUGGAGACAACAGUAUAAAUGUGUCUAGUUUUGAUUUUCCUAAUGAGCAUUAG